AUGAAGUUGAUGAAGGAUGCCCUUUCGAUUCACUUAUGUAUGUCAGCUUUUGGAAAAGCUUGAGCAACCAUAUCGUGAGAAACGAUUCAUACUACCAAAAGACCUGAAAACUUACACGGAAAACCAAACUCUGCAGUGGUUCAAGAACCAUAGAGACAGACUUGAUGAGUUUGCUACCAACCAUGAUGCAGUAAUGGCUAUGCUUCGUCCAGAAACCUGGGUUGGGCGAGAAUAUCUUGGAGAUGAAGAGGAUUUGGAACCUUUCUUAUGGAGGGCAAUACAAUUCUCAAGACCUGAACGUGCUGAACUACAUAAAUGGAAGACAUAUCCUUCAACCGGGGAUCUUGGAGCUCAGGUUGGACGAAUCUUGGGGAACCGAGAAAACGUAAGUGUUGCUACGAGUCAUACGCUUGACUGGUUAUUUUUCUUAUGAAGUAACGCGUUCAAAAUUCAAGAGAACAGGGUUCAUAGGAGCAUUCAAUGCUGAUACGUUCUCUAGGCCAACAAUUUUAAUAAACCCAAAGCUGAAGAAGUGACAGUGGAAGAAGUAGAUCAAUGCUUACUUGAAAUCGCUGCACAUAAUAACCAAUCUUCACUUGAAAUACAAUCUCUAAGAUCAUCAUGUUUGGUCAAUGAUCCAGACGGCUCUUUGAGGGUCAUCUACUGUCGACUUCGACCUCAAGAGGCAAAAUGGAUGACAAGAUUGCUCCUCAAAAGAACAGAUCCAGUCAAAAUUCCAGCCGAUUUUGGUGUCACGUCCGGACAUUCUAUGCUACCAAACUGCAUAAAGGUUCGUGUUGAGUUGUCGAGUUCAUCUCCUACAACACUCCAUAUUGGCAAAACCGGUCUAGUCAAGGCUAAACCCCAACCUCUGACUCCAUGUACUCCACAAUCCUCGAAUCCAAUAAAUGGUCGUCGAUCACCAACUCCAGAGAGGCGAGAGAGACGUGGUUCGCCCGAAACUGAUUUGCGUCCGAGAAAAAGAGGAAGGAGGAACUCAAGAGGGCUGAAAUCUAUGAACCGUUCUGUUUCGAGGCCUCGUACGAUAGAACAGAAAGAAAUUGGUCAUGUACUUAGAGAGUCUAUACCAACACCUCCGAGUUCCAAACCAAUGCCUCCAAAUCAAAAGCCAACGCCUCUUCCUCCAACUCCAGAUGUCCCUGAAGUAUCCCACCCUCAGCCAGUUACAAAACGACGACGUAUAUCAAGAGAAAGUUCCCCGGGCCCCAUUGUGUUCCAAAAAGGUAUUCUACGGCCAUCGCGUCUAACGAAAAUCACGAAUAAUCCCCCACCCAAUAAGGUCCUCGCCAACUCAAAAGCGACUAGGGAUUCACUCCCAGAAGAGAAGAGUCCCCAGAAUUGUCCUGCGUUUCAAUUGGCCAGUUCUGGUGAAGGACGCAUGGUCUCAGUACCAAAAAUUACUGAUACCCCCGCUUCUUCCUUGUCAGAAGCAGAUCUUGUCUGGGAGAGGACCUCAAGGUCUCGAGAUACACACAAAGCUUCAUCACUUGAAAAGAUCACGGACCAAAAUAUGGCAUCCAGCCAGCCUCCUCUACCCACACCAGCCAGUUCUGAUGCGGCAUCGAAAUCGCCACAAGGAGAGAUGAACCUCGAGGUCGAUGCGACCGAGCCUUCGAUAUCGAACAGCGCAAAGACCAUUCAACCUCAAGACGUACCAAGGCCAUCAGUCGAAAAUCCGCAAUCAUCAUCCUCAACACCAGUACCUCCUACCACUCUCUCAACCUCAACCUCGAACACCACCUCUACCUCCCCCCUCAUAACCGCCGGCAUCGGCCCCUGCUCCCUCAGUCCAAACCCAUGCCCCCUAACCUCCAGCAUCUUCCUCGCCUCUCCCUACCUCCCCUCCUCCGCACAAGAACGUCUAACCUCCUUCCUCCUCCCCAUCCACGGCUGCACAUACAUCACCAACCUCACGGACCUCUUCCACCCCUCCCUGCCCACACGUAAUCACACCACACACACCAGAUACCAAAAGAUCGUGCUCAUCGAACCGCGAGAACCUGCGAUCUCGGCGCGUUUCAUGCAUGAAGUGCAGGAUCACCGACUGAGCCAGGGCGGGGGGUGUGAGUUGAAAAGAAAGGAGAAGAUUCAGAUCUAUGAUUGGAGACUUCUUGAGGUUAUUGGGGGACGGGAGCAUGACGGCCGCGCGAUGGAGGGGGCGUGGGAGAAGUGUUGGAUGGCUACUAUUUAG